AUUCUCGAUUCUGAAGAAAUGCAGAAGUUUACCUAUGGAGCUCUAGCUGCACUGGGUGGCGCAAUCUUCUACGCCAACCUGCCGACGAGGUUAACCAUCGGCGCCGUUGCGCCAACGUUUGAGUAUCUCUCCAAGGCUAAGCUUAUCCCAAUUCCAGAAGAAUCUAGUAUUGAUGAGAAGAGAGUGAAGGAGGCUUCUACACUUUUCUCCGAAGGACCAACUAUGGUGAUGGCUGUGCGUCGUCCUGGAUGCUUACUAUGUCGGAAAGAGGCAGCCGAAUUGAGCUCACUUGAACCGAACAUGAGACUGGCUGGCAUCAAUCUAUUAAAGUUUUGGUUGCUUGUCUUUAGAACUACUCGCGGGUCAUCUAACAAGUAA